CUUACAGAAUGACCUUGCACUGAGCCUUUGUGGAAGAAGCAAGAUUUAAACAUCAGUUCUUCAAUGUGCAUCCUUCUAUUCAAAUUUGACCCCCGACCAGUUUCAAAAAAUGCAUACAGGCUUAUUCUAGCAGCUAAUAGAGAUGAAUUUUACCACAGACCAUCCAGAUCAGCAGAUUUUUGGGACAGCAGCAAUGAGAUACUUAGUGGUCUGGAUAUGGAGGAAGGAAAAGAAGGCGGGACGUGGCUGGGAAUCAGUAAGAAAGGCAAGAUGGCAGCCCUGACAAACUAUAUGCAGCCAAAGGUUGAUAAAAAUGCAAAAGGAAGAGGUGCUCUUGUAACGAACUUCUUGACUGCAGAUCUGGACAGCUACUCUUACUUGAAGAAAGUUUCAGUAGAAGGGCAUCUUUACAAUGGAUUUAAUUUACUAGCAGCUGACUUGAACACCACCAAAGGAGAUGUAAUUUGCUACUAUGGAAACAAAGGAGAACCAGAACCUGUUUUCCUAAGUCCUGGAAUAUAUGGAUUGAGUAAUUCUUUGUUGGAUACACCAUGGAAGAAACUUCAAUAUGGGAAGCAGCUUUUCACAGAAGUGGUCAAGAGAAGUCAAGACCUUACCAAAGAAGACUUGGUGCAGGAGCUUCUUACAGUGAUGAAUAAUCAAGAGCCUCAGUUACCAGACCCUGCGAUUGAAGACCAAGGAAAGGAUUAUAUACGUCCUAUGUUGAACAAGUACGCAGCUGUAUGUGUUCGUUGCCCAGGUUAUGGAACAAGGACUAACACGGUCAUUCUCAUUGAUUCAGAAGGACGGGUUACUUUUACAGAGCGCAACAUGAUCAAUGCAGAUGUCAACCAGUGGAAAACAAGCACCUAUGAAUUCAAACUGCACACUUAACAACUUUCCAUUUGAAUGGUUUGUAAUAAAGGCAAUGAGAGAACAAGCCAUUAAGCCCUAGUAAAUGUUUUGUGCCAGCCUCCACAAGCUAAAAAUAGCAAGGAAAGCAAAAGUUUAAAUAAACUGGUAGUGUAUCUGAUCAGGCUCGUGAAUUAUGUGGAUAAAAUCGAAAGAAGAAAGUGGUUUUUGCAUUAAGUAGCAACUUAAAAUCAGAAAUGAAUUUUUAAAUAUCAGGCUGCCUCCAGGGCAAGGCCAUCUUUGUCCAAGACAAAGUCAUUGCUUUUUUGUGGGUGGUUUUCUGUUUGUUUAGAGUUUGGUGGUUUUUUUUUUUAAAAGACGUUUUAAGAGGACUCUUAAACAUGCUUUCACUUCAAAGGAGGGGAAACAUUUGCUGCUUUUGUUGUUCUACCUAAAGGUUUUACCACAUUUAGCUUUCCCUUCAACAUAUGCUUUUAAGAUUGUAUAGCUGAUGCCAAUGUGCAUUAAAUGAAUGUAUGUUACCUUUGUAGUAUCAACUGCUUUAGUAACAUUUAAACUUUUCAGCAGUGCCAUGGUGCAAUGUUCUGCCUGGGGAGGGCAGAGCAGGGGGGAGUCUUUACUUUUGUUUUCCUACAGGUAGUACAGCAUUAUAUCUUAUUUCUAAACUUGAUUUGAGAGUAGAUAGGAAAUUAAGUUCAGUUUCUGUUCAUCUUUACUCAGUAGAAACUAAAAAAAUGACGGGAGCAGACUUGCUUAUCUUUGACCAGAAUAAAAUUAUGUGUAUUGUGACAUCUUGUUUCCUGGUAGUCUAAUUAGCAAUAUUGUUUGUCGUCUUUUCUUCCUCAGCAGGCAGGUAAGGAAUAAGUAUCUGUUUGCAAACAGAAGCUGAAUAUGAAGUUUACAUAUAUCAGCUGGUUUAUACCUGUGCAAUUUUGGCUUCAUUUCUUUAUUGGUAUAAUCUGUCAAAACCCGGAGUGACUGCUCAUAGAUUUUUAGUAAAAAUAGCUAUUUGUUUUAAGGUGAUGUUAUAACAGUCUUUACAUUGCUGAAAAAGUUGGGUAUUAAGAUGCACUUCAUAUGUUCUAACAUCUGUGAAUUAAAAAGCUAUUUAAAUGCAUGCUUUUUUCAAUUAUUCAGUGCCAGUGUAGGUGAUAGAAGAUUCUAGCUGAUAGCAAGAUAUUUUAAAACCCUAAGUUAUUUUGCUGCUACUGGUGUUCUGCCUUAUUUUGAAUGCUGAAUAUUAAGUUAGUAAUGGAUCACUGCUGUUUUUUCUAUAUAUAUGCUGGAUGUAUUCUUUUUACAAGCCUAUGAUUAUUACAAAGAAGCGACAUUUCUGAUGCUAUUUACAAAGAUAUGCAACUGUUCUUCUAUACUCAAGUUUGUGUGUUCAAGCAUUCUCACUGGCGCGCGCGCGCACGUGUGUGUGUGUGUGUGUGUGUGUGUGUGUGUUUGUGUCUCUCUGUCAGGGAGGAAGCAGUAAAUUAGACUUACCAUUGAGGUGAAGUACUGUGAAAGGCCAUUCCCAGACUUCUAAUUGCCAGGAGAUGCUAAAGCAGCAUUUAGUCAGAUAUUUCCUUUGUAUUUGCAUAUUUAAAUAGCUUCUAGAUACCAGGACUGCUUGCGUGACUAGUCAUGGGUUGUUCGUUCAGUACUAUAUAAAGGACUUUUUGACCACCUUGAUUGCAAGAUGAAAAAUACAGUCUUGUCUGUACAUGGCUUCAAACUCGGAGCCUUCCAGACUGUCUUUCUGAGCUGUAGGAAAUAGUUAGCCCAUUUUUAUUUUUUGAUGGCUGUUUAAACCAUGUAUUUGUAUGAAUACAAAUGUUAUUGUUAUUUUUAGAUGCAAAGAAAUAGCCAUAGCUCUCUAAAAUUUGAAUUUGACAAGCGCAUAGGUAAAAACAAAACUUGGCUUGAAUGGCUUGCUCUUACUGAGUGCUGCAUAUCAAACUUUUUUGUUUCUUAUGAAAAAAAUAGCCAGUGUAUAUUUGUACAAGGUAUUAUCUUCAGAGAUAUUACCUAAAUGGCAAGCAAAAUGCCUGCAUGCCAUUUCUUGCCAAAAGCAUUUAUAAACCUUAGUUUUUAUAGUAGUUCUCUAAUAAGGAAGAUUUAUUUUCUAUGUAUAGGCAAAAGAAAAGCAAGUCAGAGCUUAGAUGUAAAAACAGAUGGUAGUAUAUUUUGCUUUGCUCAAAUAGAAAUUCUAAAUUUGGGAUUUGCUUUUUCUGACAAUUAAAAUAAAACAAACAGUAAAGAACAAAGCCUCUAAUGU